CUGGAGACCGAGCCUGACUCCGAAGUUGUGCAACUGUGGACUGCGAGAGACAUUUGAACCCUCCUCUCCCCGUGCUCCGUUUUUGGGCACCCCCCUCCCCAACCCCCCGCUUGGUGUGCGGGAAGCGAGGAAACGUAAAGGAAGACAAGCAUCCCCCCCACCCCCCUUCCCCUUUCUCCAUGGCCGUGUAGCAGAAGAAAGGGGGAAGGCGAGACUUUUUGUUGUUUGUUUCCUUGGCCGGGGUCUCCACCCUCCUGCUGCCUCCUCUGCGCUGUGGUUCUCAUCCUCCGUGGACGCGUGUGGCCCGGGUGUCUUCGCUGGGGCCAGUGGGGUCGUUUGCUGCCCCCCGCCCCCCCACACCCCCUCCACCCUCCCGGGCUCGGUGACUGGAUGGUUGAAAACUACCCCCAGUGGCAGGUUGUUGAGCCACUGAUGGGACGAUCUCCGGGAGCGGCGGUUACGAAAGCUAGUUAUCAGACUCUGAGAAAAGAGCGUGGAGAAGCAAGAAACGGAGUUGGGGGACUGCUGAGACACAUGGUGUAGCAGCUGAUGGUUUUGUGAAGCAGAAGAUUCCAGAGUCAGGUCCAAGUGCAGAAAUGAUUACAUAUUCAGUAAAUCGGAGGAAAAAAGCAUGGGAUUUUAGCAACUGAAGAUCAAAUCAAGGAUUCACAUUUGGAAUAUUGCUGUUUUCUGUUGUUGAGGAAUAUUUUUUUUUAAUUCAUCAAUCUUGAAGUAAGAAGACAACCAGAAAGACAGUUGUUUCUUUCUCAGUUGGAACGCUCACCAUUGAGGUUUUUUUUUCUUCUAAGUAUACAACCAUGUGGCCACCACAGAUACUAGUCUUCAUGAUGCUCUUAGCACCGAUAGUUCAUGGUGGCAAGCACAAUGAGAGACAUCCAGCCCUCGCCGCUCCCCUGCGACACGCCGAGCGCAGCCCAGGAGGCGCUCUCCCACCCCGACACCUCCUUCAACAGCCUGCGGCAGAGCGCGCCACUGCACAUCGCGGUCAAGGGCCCCGAGGAGCCUCCAGAGGAGUUCGUGGUCCAGGUGCCCAAGGAGCACAGAUUGCAGCCCAAGCUUUCAGCCGUGCCCCAAUCCCUAUGGCUGUGGUUCGCAGAGAACUCUCUUGCGAGAGCUACCCCAUAGAACUCCGCUGCCCAGGAACAGAUGUCAUCAUGAUUGAAAGUGCCAACUAUGGGAGGACUGAUGACAAAAUUUGUGACUCAGAUCCUGCUCAGAUGGAGAAUAUCCGAUGCUAUCUGCCAGAUGCUUAUAAGAUUAUGUCUCAAAGGUGCAAUAACAGAACUCAGUGUGCGGUGGUGGCAGGCCCUGAUGUUUUUCCAGACCCAUGCCCUGGAACCUAUAAAUACCUUGAAGUGCAGUAUGAAUGUGUCCCUUACAAAGUGGAACAAAAAGUUUUUCUUUGUCCUGGACUACUUAAAGGAGUAUAUCAAAGUGAACAUUUAUUUGAGUCUGAUCACCAGUCAGGGGCAUGGUGCAAAGACCCUCUCCAGGCUUCUGAUAAGAUUUAUUACAUGCCAUGGACCCCAUACAGGACCGAUACCCUGACUGAGUACUCCUCCAAGGAUGACUUCAUUGCUGGAAGGCCAACGACAACCUACAAACUCCCUCACAGGGUGGAUGGCACGGGAUUUGUAGUGUAUGAUGGAGCUUUGUUCUUCAACAAAGAGCGCACCAGGAACAUUGUGAAGUUCGAUUUGCGGACUAGAAUAAAGAGUGGAGAAGCUAUCAUAGCAAAUGCCAAUUACCAUGAUACAUCCCCUUACAGAUGGGGAGGCAAAUCUGACAUAGACCUGGCAGUGGAUGAGAAUGGGCUGUGGGUAAUCUAUGCAACAGAACAAAACAAUGGCAAAAUUGUCAUUAGUCAAUUGAACCCUUACACUCUACGAAUUGAAGGAACCUGGGAUACUGCCUAUGAUAAAAGAUCUGCUUCAAACGCAUUUAUGAUCUGCGGGAUUCUGUAUGUGGUCAAAUCUGUAUAUGAGGAUGAUGACAAUGAGGCCACAGGGAAUAAAAUUGACUACAUUUACAACACGGAUCAAAGUAAGGAUAGUUUGGUGGAUGUACCCUUUCCUAAUUCAUACCAAUACAUAGCAGCUGUGGAUUACAACCCCAGAGACAACCUUCUUUAUGUUUGGAAUAACUAUCACGUCGUAAAAUAUUCCUUGGAUUUUGGACCACUGGAUAGCAGAUCAGGGCAGGUGCAUCAUGGGCAGGUAUCAUACAUCUCUCCACCGAUUCACCUUGACUCCGAACUAGAAAGACCCCCAGUUAGAGGUAUCUCUACCACAGGACCUUUCGGCGUGGGAAGCACCACCACCAGUACCACCCUCCGGACCACAACUUGGAACCCCAGCAAGAGUACUACCCCUUCCAUGUCAGGAAGGAGAAACCGGAGCACCAGCACCCCAUCUCCAGCUGUGGAGGUGCUGGAUGACAUGACGACACACCUUCCAUCAUCUUCUUCCCAAAUUCCAGUUGUGGAGGAAAGCUGUGAGGCUGUGGAAGCACGGGAAAUCAUGUGGUUUAAGACCCGCCAAGGACAGAUGGCAAAGCAGCCGUGUCCCACGGGAACCAUCGGAGUAUCAACGUAUCUCUGCCUAGCUCCUGGAACCUGGGACCCCCAAGGACCAGACCUCAGUAACUGUUCUUCUCCUUGGAUCAACCAUAUAACUCAGAAGUUGAAAUCUGGAGAGACGGCUGCGAACAUUGCUAGAGAGCUAGCUGAACAGACAAGAAAUCAUUUGAACGCUGGGGAUAUAACCUACUCAGUGCGUGCCAUGGAUCAACUGGUAGGCCUUCUGGACGUGCAGCUGCGGAACUUGACCCCUGGUGGCAAAGACAGUGCUGCCCGCAGUUUGAACAAGCUUCAGAAAAGAGAGCGCUCUUGCAGAGCCUAUGUCCAGGCAAUGGUUGAGACAGUUAACAACCUCCUUCAGCCACAGGCCUUGAAUGCAUGGAGAGACCUGACCACAAGUGAUCAGCUACGGGCAGCCACCAUGUUGCUUGACACUGUGGAGGAAAGUGCUUUUGUGCUGGCCGAUAACCUUUUGAAGACUGACAUUGUCAGAGAGAACACGGACAAUAUCCAAUUGGAAGUUGCAAGGUUGAGCACAGAGGGAAACUUAGAAGACCUAAAAUUUCCAGAAAAUAUGAUUCAUGGAAGUACCAUUCAACUUUCUGCAAAUACUUUAAAACAAAAUGGCCGAAAUGGGGAGAUCAGAGUGGCCUUUGUCCUGUAUAACAACUUGGGUCCUUAUUUGUCCACGGAGAAUGCCAGCAUGAAACUAGGAACAGAGGCUAUGUCCACCAAUCAUUCUGUUAUUGUCAAUUCUCCUGUUAUUACAGCGGCAAUAAACAAAGAAUUUAGUAAUAAGGUUUAUUUGGCUGAUCCUGUGGUGUUCACUGUUAAACAUAUUAAGCAAUCUGAGGAAAAUUUCAACCCUAACUGUUCAUUUUGGAGCUAUUCCAAGCGCACAAUGACAGGUUAUUGGUCAACACAAGGCUGCCGGCUGCUUACAACGAAUAAGACACAUACUACAUGCUCUUGUAACCACCUAACCAAUUUUGCAGUUCUGAUGGCACACGUGGAGGUGAAGCACAGUGAUGCUGUCCAUGACCUUCUUCUGGAUGUGAUCACAUGGGUUGGAAUUUUGCUGUCCCUUGUUUGUCUCCUGAUUUGCAUCUUCACAUUUUGCUUUUUCCGUGGACUCCAGAGUGACCGUAACACCAUCCACAAGAACCUCUGCAUCAGUCUUUUUGUAGCAGAACUGCUCUUCCUGAUCGGAAUCAACCGAACUGACCAACCAAUUGCCUGUGCAGUGUUUGCUGCCCUUUUACAUUUCUUCUUCUUGGCGGCAUUUACCUGGAUGUUUCUAGAGGGAGUGCAGCUCUACAUCAUGUUGGUGGAAGUUUUUGAGAGCGAGCACUCACGGCGGAAAUACUUUUACCUGGUUGGCUAUGGCAUGCCUGCACUCAUUGUGGCAGUAUCCGCUGCAGUAGAUUACAGAAGUUACGGAACUGAUAAAGUAUGUUGGCUCCGACUUGACACCUACUUCAUUUGGAGUUUUAUAGGACCAGCGACCUUGAUAAUUAUGCUUAAUGUAAUCUUCCUUGGGAUUGCUUUAUAUAAAAUGUUUCAUCAUACUGCCAUUCUGAAACCUGAAUCAGGCUGCCUUGAUAAUAUCAACUAUGAGGAUAACAGACCCUUCAUCAAGUCAUGGGUUAUAGGUGCAAUAGCUCUUCUCUGCCUAUUAGGAUUGACCUGGGCCUUUGGACUCAUGUAUAUUAAUGAAAGCACAGUCAUCAUGGCGUAUCUUUUCACCAUUUUCAAUUCUCUACAGGGAAUGUUUAUAUUCAUUUUCCAUUGUGUCCUACAGAAAAAGGUACGAAAAGAAUAUGGGAAAUGCCUGCGCACACAUUGUUGUAGUGGCAAAAGUACAGAGAGUUCCAUUGGCUCAGGGAAAACAUCUGGUUCUCGAACUCCUGGACGAUACUCCACAGGCUCACAGAGCCGAAUUCGUAGAAUGUGGAAUGACACAGUAAGAAAGCAGUCAGAGUCUUCCUUCAUUACUGGAGAUAUAAACAGUUCAGCAUCACUAAACAGAGGGCCCUAUCUUCCCUGCAUUCAGGCGUGUGUGUCAUAUUUAGGAGCCAUGGCUAAUCAUCUUAUAAGCAAUGCUCUGCUUCGUCCGCAUGGUACUAACAAUCCCUAUAAUACAUUGCUUGGGGAACCGGCGGUCUGUAACAACCCUUCUGUCAGCAUGUACAACGCACAAGAGCCCUACAGAGAGACAAAGGGGCUUCUGAACAAUGCCAGGGAUACAAGUGUCAUGGAUACUCUACCACUGAAUGGUAACCAUGGCAAUAGUUACAGCAUUGCCAGUGGUGAAUACCUGAGCAACUGUGUGCAAAUCAUAGACCGUGGCUAUAACCAUAAUGAGACCGCUCUAGAGAAAAAGAUUCUGAAGGAACUCACUUCCAACUAUAUCCCUUCUUACCUGAACAACCAUGAGCGCUCCAGUGAGCAGAACAGGAAUCUGAUGAACAAGCUGGUGAAUAACCUUGGUAGUGGGAGUGAAGAUGAUGCCAUCGUUCUGGAUGAUGCAACCUCCUUUAAUCAUGAGGAAAGUUUGGGUCUGGAACUCAUUCAUGAGGAAUCCGAUGCUCCUUUGCUUCCCCCAAGAGUUUACUCCACAGAGAACCACCAGCCACACCACUACACCCGAAGGCGGAUCCCCCAAGACCACAGCGAGAGCUUUUUCCCUUUGCUAACCAACGAGCACACAGAAGACCUCCAGUCACCCCACCGGGACUCUCUCUACACCAGCAUGCCAGCUCUGGCUGGUGUGCCUGUCACAGAAAGCGUUACCACCAGCACCCAGACCGAACCCCCGCCGGCCAAAUGUGGUGAUGCCGAAGAUGUUUACUACAAAAGUAUGCCAAACCUAGGCUCCAGAAACCACGUCCAUCAGCUGCACAUCUACUACCAGCUAGGCCGCGGUAGCAGUGAUGGAUUUAUAGUUCCUCCCAACAAAGAUGGGACCCCUCCAGAGGGAAGUUCAAAAGGACCUGCUCAUUUGGUCACUAGUCUAUAGAAUAUGACACAAAGUUCAGUCAACAAAACUGCUAACACCAGGUUGACUAUUCUGAGU